AGAGUGAUGUAUUAUUGUGAGUAAAUAAAAAAAUGCGAACGUGACGUCAAGCUACUGACAGAUGUAAACAAACAAUCGAUAUAUUUUGGUACAAGUACUGUAACAUUUGAUAACAUUAGUUACAUGCGUAACCAUGAAGAGGGUAUUUGUUACUGUAGGAACAACGAGCUUUGAUGACCUAUUUGAACGUGUUACUUCCCCUGAAGCUGUUCAAGUGUUGAAAGCCCGCGGCUAUCAACAUUUGGUCCUGCAGGUUGGACGAAGCUCCAUCUUCCCAGAUUCAGACAGCUGUCACAAGCUCACGUUUAGAGGCCUUUAAAUUCAAGGAUUCCACCGCUGAAGAUGUCAAAUGUGCCGACCUGGAUAUCAGCCAUGCUGUUGUGUACAAUGUCCGAAGAAAUAAAAAAGCUAAACUACCAAGCCAUUUUGCUGGUCUUUUAAUGUUGAUAAUUUAUGAUAAUUUAUAAUAAUGAAAUGCCUCUUCUUGUAUUCUCAGGGGAAGGUAGUUGUCUGGAGACCGUUGGUGCAGGCAAGCCACUAUUAGUGGUGUUCAAUGACAAACUUAUGGACAUUCACCAGCUAGAGCUGGCCAGACAGCUACACCAAGACCUACUGUACUUCACUGCCAGCUUUCGUGACUUUAGGCUUCUCAUUAUCGCAAGUGACUCCGGUUCCUCAGCUUCCUGAGUGAUGUUCAUCUGUAUUAAACAUGGAGGUAAGGCCAAAGUUAUAAAAUGCAUUCCGCUAGUGUCACAUUUGAUGUUUGCAGUGUUAGAAACUGUAUUUCACACCAUUUCUUUAUUCUCAUCCUAUCUCCUCACAGACAAUGAGCAGUUCCUGGCCAACACCAACUGCCCCGUGGUUCUCCUGCUGCAGUACAUGAGAGCUAAGAUGGGCCUGCCGGACACAGAGCUGGUGGAUCUGUGUGAUGACCGUGGGGCUCUGAAGCUUCUCUUUCUGUCCCAGCAGCCUCAGGAGUGUGCCAGCCGACUACUUCCUCCCCGCUGCUCCCUCACAUUCUGCAUUGUUAAUCGAAACCCAAAGGAUGGUGCCUAUAUUUCCAUCACCCCCUUAGUGGCCAACCCAGACCCUGCAUUUCUGGAGACUCUGCAGACUCAGACUGACAGCCUGGAGAGGGCUCGUCUCAGACAGCUCCGCUCUCAGGAGGACCGCAGAGCCACGGAGGCACCCUCUCAGACCCAACCCACACAAACCGCUAAGGGCCGGGGCCGUGCAGUACAUAUGGACACCCCUGAUGAUGAACCCUCCAAUCGCCGAACUGGAGGCAGGAGGAGCAGGAACUGAAAGAACCUAUCAAUUUUACAAUAAUUGAUGUGCAUAUACAUUUUGAAAUGUAAUAAAGUGGACACUGAAUCUA